CACUAGGAACCGCCAUCUUCGCGCCCACGCACCCCACCCAUCACAGAACGAGAAAAUCGAGGGCUUCUCUGCCUCGAAUCGGGUCUCAACGAGCCACAGACCUUUCUCGCCAAGUACACCUUGUACAAGAGAGCCACCGAAUACAUUGCAGGAUGGAUUGCCAAGACCGCCGCAUCCAUCGGCUUCAAAGUCAAAACGAAGGAACAAAAACAGAAAACAUCGAAAUCUAGGUCGAAGAAAGGGUGCUGGCAGGAGAGGCAACCAGAAUGCGAAAGGUGGAGGCGGUGGCACAGUAUAUCAACUCGGAGUAUCAGACUUUGUACCGAUGGCAGAAGCGAUAGCAAAAACUGGAGAAGAAGCAGAGUCUUAGAUCAUGGUCCCUGUUGCUUUAUGCAGGCACUUCAGUCGCGCCAUUCAGACACAUCGGAAGGUCUCGCAGUGGUACAAGGCCAAAGUCAACCCUGAUACGAACAGUGACCUGCGGCACGAAUACUUCAUCAAGGUUCUCGAGGACGCCUUCGCAUCCCUUGAGUCAUUCCUCGGGUUGGGCGGGCCAAAGGUCGCACGCAACAAUGGUUCCACUACUACUGUGUCUGACUUAUCGUCACGCAAUCGCUUUGCGGGGCUGACUGUCGAUAAGCUUGUAGCACUAGCUAACGAGGAAAACGUUACUGAAGAUACAUUUCCUGAAGUCUCUAAUGUUACGUUUAAAGGAUUUGAGGAAGACAACGAGGACGACUUCUAGAUUGCUGUUACGCUUAUGCUAUAGGAGCAACAGGACAUGAGGGAGGUGGUACGUGACAACUGGCAGAAAUGCAAGAGCGGUAAAGUCGACUUGAUUGUGGCAGCCAUGACUACGAAUACGGCUAUCAAACUUGCUCAAAAUGCGGAGGCUCAGUUCGAUUUGCUAGUAACACGACCGAAGAAAUGUCCAGUGACGGAGUAUUCGGUCUGGACGCUCCCCGCCGUUUUUUU